AUGGGCGGCCACGCAUUCCACUAUCUCUAUUGCCCACGCAUGUCCCCAGCGCUCUACCUCAAAGUCCGCGAACAAACCACCGACGCCCUGCGCAAGCUCUUCAAACACGUCGUCGUCCCCACCGAACUGCCCUCCAAACCCGACUACGGCGACGUCGACUUCCUCGUCGCCGGUUUCCUCCAAGCUUCGCCCACCACCACCACCGCUGCGCUCGACUGGCCGACCAUGGUUUCCAAGACCAAAGACGCUUUCAACACAGUGCACGGCAGACGCGGCCACCUCACUCCAAGCGUCAUGUACUUCGCCAUCCCGGCGCCGGGACCUGAGAACGACUUCUGGGUCCAGGUCGAUGUCAAGGUGUGCGAGGAGGCGACCAAGGAGGCGUUUGAGUGGAUGAGGUUCAAACUGAACUAUGCGAGUGCGGCGAAGAUGAUUGGGUCGUUGAUCAAGCCGCUAGGGCUGAAUAUUAACCCCGAGGGACUCCAUAUUCGGGUCGAGGAGGUGGAGGAGGCGAAUGUGCCGGGGAGUAUGGUGCUCGUGACUAAGGAUGCGAGGGAUGUGCUCAAGAUCGUUGGGCUGGAUAGGCGGAUUCUGCAUGCGGGUUUCGCGACGAAGGAAGAGCUCUACGAGUACCUCGCCUCGUCCUGGCUGUUCAACCCGGCGCACUUCGCCAAGCGCCUGGAAGACGCCAAGUACGUGGCCCAUCUUGAAGAACGCGCGCCUCCAUGGGUGCCCUUCGUCACGCAGUGGAUCCCGCAGCACUAUCCAGGCUAUCGAUUCGGGGACCAGGAUCUGCCGAUUGAGGCGUGGUAUAAGGCGACGAGGGCAGCGGUCAAAGAGAAAGUCUUCACGCUCUUCCCCUCAAUCGCCCCGGAGUUCUAUACGAAG